AUGGAUUCUUCACGUUCUUUGGUGAAUUUAUCACCAGGUAAGAAUUUUAUCGCAAUGGUUAUAUCAGAUAAUGAAAGUGAUGAUACUACGUCUGAUGAUUAUUCUGGAUUGAAGAGUUCUGUGUCUCCUGUUGCUAGUAGUGGGUUUGACAUUUCUGGAGAUCGCAAGAGACAAUCUAUGGUUUCUUCAGGUUCAUCCAAGAAGAGAUGGUCUAGUUUAUCAUCCUAUGGUACCAAGCAGAGGAUCUCAGGUUCUGAUUCAGUCAAGUCCAAUAAGAGGGUAUCUAUGUAUGGUAUGGGGUCUUCAGAGACCGGAGGUCAUUUUGCUGAUGUUGGUGUUAGUAAUAAUAGUAUUACAAUUCCUACUUUAGUUAGAACAAGUACCGAUUCUCCUAUCAAACAAUUGUUUACCAAAAUCUCUAUUAGUGAUGAGAAUAAUGAGAAUAGAGAUAAUAGAAAAUCAAGGGAAUUGUCACUCCAUGGAAAACCGGUAUCCGAGUUGUUUAAAGUUAAUAGUUAUGCAAAAAGAUCUCCGUUAGCGCCAUUGCAGAAUGAAAAUUCCUCUAAAAUUCAACAUAAUAAGACUAAUAACAUCUACAAAGUUCCAGAAAAUACUUCAAUUAAAUCAAUUUUCGGAGGUUCUAUCGAGGAGGAAGAAAGUAACAGAUCAAAUCCUUCUAAAUGGAAGUUUUGGAAAAGAAACAGUCUUUCAAGAAUUCCUACUACUAAUAGAAAUACCGGGGAUACCAGAGGACUAGAACGUCAUUCGUUUGUAGAACCUCAAUUGUCUAACAGAUCAUCAUUAUCUUCAAAUUAUAAUUUGAAGAAAAAAAGCUCAAGUUCAAGUUUAUCAUUACAUGGAUUGAAACAUAAAACUUCGCACACUUCUUUAAAGAAUUUGAAAAAUAGAAAGACUGCAAAUAAUAUGAUUCUAAAUGAUAACAAUGGCAAUACAUUGAACAGUACUAGUACCCAUAAUAACAGCAAUACCCAUAAUACCCAUAAUACUAAUAAUAAUAACAAUAAUAACCACAACAACAAUAGCAUAGCUGGAAAAAUGCAAAUUUCAUUACCAGUUCCUGAUCAAGCAUCUUGUGAUAGGAUAAAAACAAAACUACAACAUUCAACUUCGAUCGUUUCAUUGCAGUCACAUAUAUCAGAAGCUGCAAUCAAUAAGAUAGAUUACGAUAAUCGUAUUUUACAUGAUAUUUUAGAGUAUUGUGAUGUGAAAUAUGUUAUGGAUCAAAAUACUCCUACAAUUAUGACAAAGUCUUUAUACAAACUUCCAAAGGAGAAUAAAAAAUUGAGCAGCAAUGUAUGGAGAUUUUUUGAUAAGGCUUCUAGAGAAUCAAUCAUUUUGAAAAAAUUAUCUUUGAACUCCUUUGAAAGUGCACAAUAUACAAAGGAAAUGUGUCUACAAGAGUUAACUACAUUGAGGUUAUGUAAGGAUACAAUGGGUCUCCCACUAUUGCUUCAAUCUUACAUCUUCAGAGAGGUAAACUCAGAGGUUCCAUAUGAGGAAAACACAUACCUAAUGAUAUUCAUGAAGGAUCACGGUUCUCCAUUAUCUAGCUAUGUCCCAGGAAAUUGGAAGAUAUUGCUUAACAUUUUUUGGCAACUCACCACAACACUUUAUGUGAUGGAGAAUAAGUUUGAAUUUGAACAUAGAAACUUGACUACUGAUCACAUUCUCGUGGACAAACUUGGGAAUAUCACUAUUUGUGAUUUCAAAUCAUGUAGAUUCAAACCUAGUUCAGAUAGACCAUCUAUGUUUACUAGACUAGAUCAUUCGAUUUUUUUCCAAGGUGGUAACGAUUAUCAAUAUGAAAUAUACGACUUAAUGAGAGCUUUGCUACCUGAUACUUCCUACUGGAGGAAAUUUGAACCAAAGACUAACUUGAUCUGGUUACAUUACGCUUUAGUUAAAUUGAAAGACAUCGGUGAAAAGAAUAAAUGUCAAGGUGGAGAAAAAGAAGCAAUAUGCAUACUAUCUAAUCUAUUGGAACCAUUCAAUUUCCCAUUAUCAAAUUCAAGUAUUACAUCUUGUGGUGACUUAUUAAGUCUAAGAAAAAGAUUAUAA